UUCUUUUUUAGGUUCUUUCAUCUUCUGUUCGUUUAGUGGGUCUAUAAACCAUGGGUCGAGUAAUACGUGCUCAACGUAAAGGAGCUGGUUCUGUAUUUAGAUCUCAUACAAAAAGGAGAAAAGGAGCACCAAAACUUCGUUCUUUGGAUUUCUCUGAAAGGCAUGGAUAUAUUAAGGGUGUAGUAAAAGACAUAAUUCAYGACCCUGGACGUGGUGCUCCUCUUGCGGUUGUUCAUUUCCGUGAUCCUUAUAAAUUUAAAAGACGCAAGGAAUUAUUUAUUGCACCUGAGGGAAUGUAUACAGGACAAUUUUUAUAUUGCGGAAAGAAAGCUACAUUACAAAUUGGUAACGUUAUGCCCGUUGGUACAAUGCCCGAAGGUACUAUAGUCUGUAAYUUAGAAGAAAAAACCGGUGAUAGAGGCCGUUUGGCUAGAGCUUCCGGCAAUUAUGCUACCGUCAUUGCUCAUAACCCUGAUACUAAAAAAACUAGGGUAAAAUUGCCAUCCGGUGCAAAAAAAGUUAUUCCUUCUAACAACAGAGCUAUGGUAGGAAUCGUAGCUGGAGGUGGUCGAAUUGAUAAGCCGAUCCUAAAAGCUGGUCGRGCUUAUCACAAAUAUAAAGUCAAGAGGAAUUGCUGGCCUAAGGUUCGUGGUGUUGCUAUGAACCCAGUCGAGCAUCCUCAUGGUGGUGGUAACCAUCAACAUAUUGGUAAAGCUUCUACCGUUAAACGGGGAACCAGUGCUGGACGCAAGAUCGGUCUCAUCGCUGCUCGUCGUACGGGUAGAAUAAGAGGAGGCAAAACAGAUACUAAGAAAGACGAUUAAAUUUAAAAUUCAUUACUCUUUGGUAUAUGUUGUGCAAUAAAAAACAAAAAGACAAAAAAAGCUAA